AUGGAUAAAUUACCGACUGAUGAAGAUAACAAUAACCUAGCUUAAAAUAUGAUAGCUUAGAAUUCGAUGGUUCAUAAUUUCUUAAACAAUUAAUCAUAAGCUAAAUGCUUAGGAGAUUCAAGUUUAUUGUAUCCUCAAUCUCUGAACAACUUUGACAAAUAGCUUUAUAUGAAAUAAAAUUCUAAAAAACAAAAUGUAGAUUUAAGUGAAUCUCAAUAACAAUUUUAUUAAUAUAAAAAGGCAAGUUACCCAAACUUAAUAUUUGAUCCUCGUAGAACUAGCCAUUUUUAAAGCGAUAUUAAAUUCCACAGAUAGUCAGACUAUCUGUAAUCAAGUAGAAGUAUUAAUUUAGAAAGCAUUGAAGACUUCUAAAGAUUUAAUAUUGAUAUAGCAAAUAAAAGCUAAUAUUCGAUAAAAAUGAAAGCUCAUUCAAUAAUUAACUAGAGUAAGUACUAGAUACAGAGCAUGAAUCAAGCUAAGUAAUACUCUUCAAAAGUAGAAACUUUGUGCUCAUAAAAUAAACAAAAUUAAGAUUUGUAUGUAAAAAAUAAAAUCUAAGCUAAACAAGUGAAUAGCUAAGUAAAUUAAAAUGAUAAAAGAAAAGAAAAGAAAAAAGUGAUUAUUGUUAGCAAAGAAAAUAAAACUAGUAGAACAAGCAUAGAAAAAUAAAAACAGCAAAAUGGUUAAAACUUACUUUAGAAGUUUUUGUAGAUUAGAAUAAAAACUGAAGAGAAUAAUAAUUCCAUAAGAUUUGAUAAGGGAAUAUAAAUAAUUAAGAGAAUUCUACCAAAUAAAUAUAAUUUCAGGUUCAGAGUUGAACAGAAAGUAAAGCAAUUUAUUGAAUAACUUAACCUUUAUCAUUCAAAUAGAAACUUAAAAAGUAUAUAUUCAUCAAUAACAAAGAUCAUAGGAGAUAAGAGCUCAUAUUAUGAAAAUUAAUUGUGUAAUUCUACAAAAAGUAAAAAUUAAUCCAAUUUCUGUAACUCAGAUAAAAUUUAAUACUAACUAGCUGGCUAUUUUUACAAAAAAUUUUGUUGCAUCAUGAACAAGAAUUUAAAUCUCCCUUUAAUUAUGCCAGCUAAUCCUUAUUUACUUGUUUGGGAUAGCUUGUAUUUGGUUAUAAUAAAUUCAUUUCUCUACAUUUAUUCGAUUUAUUGCUUUUUUGGCUCAUAGACGAAGGAUAAACAUUUAGGAGUUUUCUGUUAUGUCAUUUUUUUUACUCUAGCUAUAGAUCGAGUUAUUUAAUUUAAUACAGCCUUCUAUGAAAAAGAUGUUAUUAUUUAGAAAAGACAAAAAAUAAUUGAAAGAAAUGUAUUUUCAUUUGAAUUUCUGAUAGAUUUGUUAGUUACUAUUGUGAUAUUUUUUAAAUUGCUCAACUAAGAUUUAGAUUCUAUGACCUAUAAUCCAGCUAAUUAGAUCCUUACCUACUUUAUAAACUGUUUCGUUUUCUUGUUGAUUUACAGAAAUUUGGAGAAGAAAAAAAAUUUGAGCGAUGUUAUAACUAUUGAAUAAAAUUAAAAACAUCUUUACAGAUUAUUCACUUAGCUUUUCAAUGUAUUCUUGAUAGCACAUAUAAGUGCAAUAUGCAUGUGGAUCCUUUAUUUGGUUGAAGAAUAUUACUAAAUAAAUAAUAACUGGGUCAAUCAAGCAAAUAUUUAAAAUUAAGCUUUUUACGAACAGUAUUUUUACUCUUUAUACUGGUCAAUCACUACGCUGACUACUGUUGGUUAUGGUGAUAUACAUAUCUAAAACUAUUAAGAAGCUAUUUUUAUUAGCUUUGUGAUGAUUCUCUUUAGUUGUGUAUUUGCCUAUUCUGUUAGCAAUAUAGGAGUUAUUCUACAAGAGAUUUAAAAGAAUUCUAGGUAACUGUAAGAAAGACUUUCUAUUAUUCAAAAGUUUAUGAAUAGAAAAAAUAUAAACUCAUCAUUAAAGAGUAGAGUAAAAUUUUACUUAAAUUUCCUUGCCUCUGAAUAAAAGAAUAGAGAUAAAAAUGAAGAAGAUAUAGUUUUGGGUCUUCUCUCAAAUAAACUUAGAAACGAAAUAAUUGAGGAAAUAAAUUAUAAAAUUAUAAAUAAAUAUUCAUUGUUUAUGGUUAAUUUUUAGUCUAAAGUCAUAAAAGAAGUUGUUUAUUUAAUGGAAGAAAUAAUAGUAGCACCUAAUGAGAUUAUUUUUAAGCAAAAUGAUUCAGAAGAUCAAUCAAUAUACUUUAUAUAGAGUGGUGAUGUGGAGAUAUUUGUUGCUGAUAAUUUAGGUUAAACUUAAAAGGUAUUAGCUUAAAUUACUUCAGACAGUGUGUUUGGCGAAAUUUCAUUUUUCUCAGGUCUUCCUAGAACUGCUUCUGCUCGUAGCUUAAAUUUAUCAACAAUUUACAAAAUAAACAGAUAAAAAUUUAUAUGUUUUUUGCAAAAUUACCCUGAGGAUUUUUAAAGAUACAAAAUGAUAUAGGAAUCAGAGGUUUAAAGAAACAAACAAGUUUGUAAGAAUUUAAAAUAGAAAUAUAGAUACUAUAACUCAAAGACUUAGCUUUUAUACUAAUAGAAUGAAGAUGACGAUAGUGAUUAGCUUUCUGAUACUUCAAAUGAUGAUUCUUAAACUAGUAUGUAGAGUAGUAGCUAUUCAAUAUAUUAAAGAAAUAUGACUAUGGCUAAUCCAAUUAAAAGACCUUCUUAGAAAUAAAAUAAUGAAAUAAACAAUGACAAAAAAUUAAAAAAGUAAAUUUCAAAAUCGCUUUUAGUAUAAAAUCAAAAUUAAGAUUUUGAAAAUAAAAAAUUAAAAAGAAACUAUUCAAAAAAUUAACUUCCUGAGUUGAAUGAUUAGUAAAAUAUUGAUUAGUAGCAUCAAAAUGAAAUUUAUUGUCAAUCCUAGCAAAUGUGUUAAAUUAAUAAUGACUGUAACUUAGGUGUAGAAACAAAUUUAUAUAAAUCUAGUAAAUAAAUAAUUGACCAUGAUAGUGAUAUAAAAUAAUCAAAUUAGAAAUCUUAAAAUAGCUUAUCUUCUAUUUACACUGAAUAAAAAUGUAAAGAUAAGCAUUAAGAUGAUUAUAUUCACAAUGAUAUUUAAAAUUGUAAUGAAACUAAUGAGGUAGCUUUUACUAAGCAUAAUUAAGAUGGUAAAACUUUAAAAGGUAUACACUUCUCUGAGAUCGAUGCUUAAUCCACAAAUGAAUUAGAAAAACAGAUAUUUUAUCAAAAAAGAUUAAAAACAAAAGAAAAUGACAUUCUUUAUCCUAAUAAUUUGGGUUAAAUAUCCUCUUAAAUCAACUUAUUUGCAUAAAAAAUAUAAAAUAAUUAUUAAUUAAAUCCAAGAAAAAACAUUCUUUUAAACUCACUAUCUAAAACAGAAGCAUUUAUUUAAUUAAAGUAAAUUGAGUAGUUUGAUUCUAUGAAAAUAUUUAAAAGAUUCUUCCCACAUAAUAACUUUGAUAAAGUCUUAAAAAAGUUGAAAUAAGUAAAUAAUUAAUAAAUAAUGCAAAGCCUUUUUGCAAGUAAAGAUUAUCAGAUCCAACCAACGUAUGCCUCGUAUGGAAUAUUUGUAUUUAGGUCUAAACUUCCUAUUAAAUUUAAUUGA